UUUCUAAGCAUCAUUUGUAUACAGGAUUUUGCAAUCUAUCGUUAUAUGCCGGAACAACAAACAAUCCUCACACUAUUAGCCAGCCACUUGUUUUCCCCCUGAAAUCAUACUAUGAAGAAGUCAUUUAAAACGAUCAUAAACUAUUGAAAAAUUUGUUUGAAACAGGAUCAAUGUUAAACUGGAACUCUUCUUGAUAUAAGUAUCCUCAUUAACAAGCAUUGACAUAGAAUGAGUAGUAUGAAACCAUCACCCAGUGGGUAUUAUACAUCACAAUAUUUACAGGAACAAAAUCAACAAAGGAGAGGUGGCAUACCGAAAUCAGAGGUUUCUACACCUCGUCAAACAAGACAAGAUUUAUACGAAAGUUUUCAAUACAACAACAAUGAUAGUAUAUAUGGAGGAUCCAUUCCUAAGUCUCCUACAUCACCAAACUCUCGAGACGUUCCUUCGUCACCUAUGUUUGAAAAUAGAAAGCCAAAUAGAGUGGUGGAAUUCAAACCUUUAUCUAAAUCAAAUCAAGAUAUGCCCCAAACUCCAAAGACACCAAACUCAUUAAAGACGUUUUUCUUUGGUAAGAACUCAGAUGAAAGAAGGAAUGAUUCGUCUCAUCUAGAUGAUAUUCUGAGUGAAGCAGAUUAUGAAUAUGGACCACAAUAUGAUCCUGAUUACUUAGAACAAGAAAUAACUCCAGCCCAAUUGAAUUAUCUUGGAGAUCGAAAUGACGACCAAAGUUCGAAUAAGGGUGAAAAAUUAUUUAAAUCUUAUUCUACUCCUAUCGUGGUAUCAUCAUCUGAUCUGAAGAAUAAUGGAUUUGAUGGAUAUUACAUUCAACAAAAGAAAGCUUUUGAUCAAGCUGAUUAUAAACCAAAACAAUAUUCUCAUAAAACAUUCCGAGAUAUAUUUGAUAAUAAAGAAGAAAGUACAGAUAAGUAUAAUCCUAUGGAAUUUGUGUUUGACGAUGGACCUAAAAGGGGGAAUUUAGUCAAGAAUGUUCAAGUCCUUUUUGGAAAAGAUGAUUAUAAUAGUUAUAAUUAUUAUGAUCAUAAACAAAAAGUUAGGAAAAAUCCGAUGAAAGAGGUUUUUGUUAAAGAACUUAGUGAUGAUGAAGAUGAUGAUGAAGAGAAAGGUAAAACUGAAGUAGUUGGUACUGAUCCAUUUGAUGAAGCUGAACUACCUGUUAAAAAGAAUAAGAAGUUAUCCAAGAUGUUCAAAAAGAAGAUUAAGAAAGCCAAGAAAGAAUUAGGUAAAGAUUUCAUCAAUAACGCAGAGAAACAACGUGAAGAGAAGGACAUUCGAAAUGAACAACUAGAAUUACAAAGAGAGCAGAAAGCAUUGGAUGAUGAAGAAGCAGCAAAACAGGCAGCUCUUGUAGCAGCUUCUACUCUGUCAUAUUCUUAUGCUGGACAAAAUCCUGAUUUCCAUCCAUUAUGGAAUUAUAUCCUUUCAUGGGUAGUUUAUGAAACUCAAUCACCAUCACUUAUCAAUACUAAUGCCAAUACCAAUAAAAUCCAAUUAAUUGAAGAACCUAAUGAAAUACAAUCACAAUCAGAAGAAGUAAUAUCACCUAAACCAAAGAAUAAAUUCACUUCAGCUAUCAAAACAAAAAUAGUUCCUCGGAAUGUACCUAAAAAUCUUAAAAAUAUGAGGAAAAAUUAUCAAACCAUAACUAGUAAAUGGAAUGCACCAGCAGCAGAAUUAUUUAAUGAAAAUUAUAUACCACCACCAUCAAGAUCAAGAAGAGGGUUGGAGUUUCCUACUCAAUCAUCAGCAUCAAGUUUCAUAAGUCAAGAUAGUGAAGAUUUAAAAGAAUUUGUGGUUGAAUAUGAUGAAAGUGAUGAUGAAAGUGCCAUCACUGAAGAAUUAUAUUAUAAUCCAACCACCAAACAAUUAGAGCCAUAUGGUUCAAGUACAAGUUCAGGUUCAAAUUCAAAUUCAAAUUCCAACACCACUAUAGGACAAUUACAUUCUAUCGCAAAUUUGAAUUCACCCCUGGCAAUCAUGUCAAAUAUAAAUAAACUUAUCAAACAUAUUAAGAUCAUGAAAAUUAUUUUCGCACCCAUUGAUAUUAUUGCUGAACAUUUUCCUCAUUUACAAACCAUUGUAAUAUUGAUUGAAUUGGUGAUAUUUAUGUGGAUACUUUAUGAAUUAAGUUUAUUAAUUGAUGCGUUAUGUAUGAUGGUUAAAGCAGUUUGUGCUCCUAUGAUUGCCAUGGGAAGAUUUAUGAAUAGGAUAAUGUGAAUGGGAAUAGGAAAUACAAAAGGUUCUGUAAGUUGGAUAUAAUACAAAUUAUUUAUUUAGAAUGUAUAAUAUAAACUAUAUAUAUAAUACAUAUACAAAAGUUCGAACCGAGUUUCAAGAACUUUAGUUAAUAAAAGAGAGAUAAAUUAUGUAAGAAAGAAAGAAAGCUAAACAUAAUGAGUAGUAAAAAAUAAAAACAAUAAUAAUAAUAA